AUGAACGAUGAGGUGUGGCGUAAUGACGACAGACAUCAGCUGCAGUCCCCAUCAUCAGAUUGCUUCAGAACAACUCUCAGCAUGAAGCUGCUGUCCUUCCUCCUCCUCCCUCUCACGAUCACAAGUUUUCCCACCAAACGGCCACAGUCCUGCCAAGAGGUGGAGCAGGACGUCAGGCUGCCCAGCAGGGUCUACACCAUCUAUCCAGCCCACUUUGGGUUGGGUGGUGUCAAGGUGUUCUGUGACUUUGAAACAGACUUUGACGCAGACAAGGGGGCCUGGACGGUUUUCCUGAGGAGGGAUGGAGGUAAAGUCAACUUCUACCAGCCCUGGGAGUCUUACAGGAACGGCUUCGGGGACCCUGCUGAGGAGCACUGGAUUGGUCUGGAGCUCCUCCACUAUCUCACCCAGAAUGGAAGCUAUGUGCUGCGAGUCGUCCUGGAUGACUUUGAUGGAGACACAGCUUACGCUCAGUAUGAUUCCUUCCAUAUUGAUGCUGAGAGUGACGGCUACGCGCUGCAUGUGUCAGGAUUUUAUGACGGUGGUGCCGGAGACUCUCUGACUUACCAUCACGGACAGAACUUCUCCACCUUUGACAACGACCAGGACAACAGCAUGUCGAACUGCGCUCAGCGUUUCCACGGGGCAUUUUGGUACAACGCAUGUUAUCACACCAAUCCUACUGGCUUGUAUCAAUGGGAACAUGAAACCAAUCAUUAUUCAAACGGAGUCAUUUGGUCCAAGUGGAAAGGUUAUGGUUACUCGGUGAAGCGCAUCACCAUGAUGUUCCGUCCUUCGUAACCCUGCAGAACGUCACACACUGAUCUCUCCCUAAAGUUUGAGUCUUUUGAACCCAAAACUUUCCUUUUUAAAUCUGUGGGACGUGACAUGGUGACCUCAGAAUCUCUCAUUUCAGUUUACAACUUAGCUGCCUCAUCACAUUCAAAGAGACCGUGGGAAAUAAAACAGGAACAGUCUCCCCCCUCCACCAUUUCAUUUCAUUAGAAAUGAAAUGAGAGGAGUUCAGUGCAUUGAGGAAGGUCUCCCAGCAGGGCGAAGGUUCAGCAGCAGCAUGAACCAAAACAGUCCAAAGUCAACUGAAUCCAACAUCGUCUAUCAGUCAUAUCUGCUCUGAUGUAAAGUUCAAAAUAUCCAAAGAUUGGCUAAAACUUCAAAAGAAGAAAAAAAACAAAGAAAAAUAACAUGAUCUUGUAAAAAAACUAGAUUCUAUCUGUAGAGUUUUAUUUUGAAACCGUGAUGAGUGUUGACUUUUCUCUAAGACCGGUGACAUUCUCUUUAAUAUGAAUCUGUUUUCUGGGUUUUUUUUGUUUGUUUGUUUUGUUUCAUAUAACUUCAGCAUUUUCAAAUAAAUCUUGUGAAAUUGCA